CAGGAUGACGGGGGGCAGGGCGGCGGCGGCGGCUACGACGCCGAGCGCUGCCAGUGGCUGCUGGGCGAGGGCGGCGCGGGGCGCUUCUACGUCGACGACCCAGUAACGGUGCUGACGCGGUGGCCGCAGGGCGACACGUGCCCCGCGUCGACGCCUCCGGCAGCGGGCAACUGCACGCGCGGCGGGUACGCCUACUAUGUGGUUAACGCGACGUCGGUGCGGCAGAUCCAGGCGGCAGUGAACUUUGCCCGUAACCGCAACGUCCGCCUUACUGUCAAAAACACCGGUCAUGACUUUGUGGGCAAGUCGACGGGGCGCGGAGCGCUCAGCGUCUGGACGCACAAUCUCAAGUCGUUCGAGUUCAUCCCGUCAUACAAUGUCACAGCGGACGACGGCGGAACGCUGCUGUACAGCGGCAUGGCGGCGCGAGUCGGCACGGGCCUCGAGAGCUGGGAGAUGUACGCCUUGAUGCGGCGGCACGGCAUGCACCUGGGCGUCCCCGGCGACAGCACCGUGGCGCCCUACGGCGGGUGGGUGCAGGGCGGGGGCCACCACAACCUCGCGUCGCGCCUGGGCCUCGGGGCCGAUCAGGUGCUGAGCCUGCAGGUCGUCACGGCCGACGGGCGCCUCGUCACGGCCGACCACGUUGCAAACCCGGAUCUGUUCUGGGCCCUCAGAGGCGGCGGCCCCUCAACCUACGGCAUCAUUACGUCGGCCAUCGUGAAAGCACAUGCACCACUGGAAGUGGUGCAGUCGCCGCUCCGCUUCUCGACGGCGCUGGUCAAUGCUACAAACGCGACGAGCGCGGCGGAAAAGGCCGAAGUGUUUUGGGCCGCCGUUGGCGCGACCUACUGGUUUUGCAAGCACGUAACGGACGCGGGCGGCACCGUGUAUGACAACAUCCGGCGUUUGUCUCCAGGUGACGGCGGCUUCGACUUCACGGCCGACUUUGAGCUUCCGGGGAUGACGGGUAUGACGGCGAGGGCGCUCGUGCAGCCGCUGUACGACGAGCUGCGGGGGCUGGGCGUGGCGGUGGCGGCGACGGCGACAGUGCGUGCGUCGCCGCGAUCGACGGACGCGAGCGGCGGGCGGGGCGACAGGCCCGGCAACACACGCUUCGCCAGCCGGCUGUUCCCGCGCGCCAACUGGGAGGACGUGGGCGUGUUCGCGGCGACCAUGACGGCGAUCCGGCGGCCGGUCGAGGCCGGGUACACCUUCCACGGGAUUCAUAUGACGCCAACGCUGGCGGUGGCGGGCUGGCCAGGGCGGGACAGCGCCGUCAACCCGACCUUCCGCACGACGCAGAUGCACGCAGACCUGUUCGACCGCGCGUCGGCGUCGCCGGGCGGCGGGGCGGCGGCGUGGCUCGAGACGUGGGCCGAGCUGAACCGACACAUGCAGGGGAUCCGCGAGGCGACGCCGGGCGGAGGCGCGUACGUCAACGAGGCGGACCGGCUGGAGCCCGGGUGGCAGGGAAGCUUCUGGGGCGACAAGUACGAGCGGCUGCUGGCCAUCAAGGGGGCGCGAGACCCGUGGGGCCUGUUCUACGCGCCCACGACGCCUGGCAGCGAGGCGUGGGAGGUGCGCACGGCUGACGGUCUGCCGACGCAGAACGGGCGACUUUGCCGGGUGGGUGAGCGUGCGUGAUGGAGAGGGGAGAUUGUUUCUGCUGCUGGUGCUUUUGUUUGUGUUGAUGGUGUUUGCUUGCAUGGGCCUGCACGGUCUAAAGGUCUUGGCCAGGCUCCCUGGGGCUCCUUCCCGGGCUGUCGCGCCGACAUGCCUGCCAGGCUGGCUGGGUGAGGACUGGCGCGACUUUGUCAGAAACACAGGUUUUAAUCCAGACUAUUGACGGCGA